GAAGACAAAUAGUAACUGAAAACUAACAGGAUGGCCACCAGGAAUGUGGCAGUAGGAACAAUCGUCUUAUUACAGAGUGUAUUUGGAAUCCUGGGGAAUUCUUUUCUUCUUUACCAUUAUCUCUUUCUUUAUUUCACUGGGUGCAGGUUAAGGACCACAGAUUUGAUAGUGGAGAACCUGCUUAUAGCCAACAUUUUGGUUAUUUUGUCUAGAGGAAUCCCCCAUGCAAUGAUAUCAUUUGGGUGGCAACAUGUCCUCAGUGAUCAUGAAUGCAAGUUCAUUUCCUAUGUGCACAGAGUGGGCAGAGGUGCAUCCAUUGGCAGCACCUGCCUCUUGAGUGUCUUCCAGGCCAUUAUGAUCAGUCUCAGAAACUCCAGGUGGGCAGAGCUCAAAAUCAAAGCUUCCAGGUUCAUUGGCCCCUCUAUUUUCCUGUGCUGGACCUUGCAAAUGCUACUAAAUGUCAUUUUUCCUAUGUAUGUGACUGGGAAAUUGAGCAACAAAAACAUCACAAACAUGAAAGAUUUUCAAUACUGUUCUUCUGUUCGUCAUGAUAAAACUGAAGACUGGUUGUAUGCAGCAUUGCUGUCAUUCCCUGAUGUGUUGUAUCUGGGGCUCAUGCUCUGGGCCAGCAGCUCCAUGGUUCUGGUCCUGUACAGGCACAAGCAGCAGAUGCGACACAUUCACAGGAACAAUAUCUCCCCCUUGUCCUCCCCUGAGUCCAGAGCUACCAAGACCAUCCUUCUCCUGAUGAGCACCUUUGUCUUCUUUUACACCCUCGCCUGCAUCUUUCAAGGUUGUUUGGCUAUUAUUAAUAAACCCAGUUGGUUCCUGAUGAACAGCACCUCAAUAAUUGCUGGGUGUUUCUCUACUAUCAGCCCCUUCCUGCUCCUGAGCUGUGACUCCAGUGCAUUCACCCUCUGCUUUUCCCGGAUAAGCCAUAGAGAAUCCCUGAAUGAUUGA